CACUUCCGCUCUUAGCGCCUUCAAAAUAAGAGCUCAAGGAAUAUACUGUAUAACAGCUUAUAACAGGAAUUUAAAGGCCUACUGAAAUAAGAUUUUCUUAUUUAAACGGGGAUAGCAGGACCAUUCUAUGUGUCAUACGUGAUCAUUUCGCGAUAUUGCCGUAUUUUUGCUGAAAGGAUUUAGUAGAGAACAUCGAUGAUAAAGUUCGCAACUUUUGGUGGCUAAUAAAUAAGCCUUGCUUUUACCGGAAGUAGCAGACGAUGUGCACGUGACGUCACGGGUUGUAGGGCUCCCCACAUUGUUUACAAUCAUAGCCAGCAGCAGCUAGCGCUAUUCGGAGCGAGAAAGCGACAAUUUCCCCAUUAAUUUGAGCGAGGAUGAAAGAUUCAUGGAUGAGGAAAUUCAGAGUGAAGGACUAGAAAUAAAAGAAGGCGAAUGCACAGUGGGAGCGAUUCAGAUGUUUUUAGACACAUUUACGAGGAUAAUUUUGGGAAAUCCCUUAUCUGCCUAUUGUGUUUGAUUGAUUGAUUGAUUGAUUGAUACUUUUAUUAGUAGAUUGCACAGUACAGUACAUAUUCCGUACAAUUGACCACUAAAUGGUAACACUCGAAUAAGUUUUUCAACUUGUUUAAGUCGGUGUCCACGUUAAUCAAUUCAUGGUACAAAUAUAUACUAUCAACAUAAUACAGUCAUCACACAAGUUAAUGUGUUUUAGUGAGUUAAAUAGUACCUUAAAGUUGGAGGAGUGUGGCCACGGGUGUGUUGACGCCAGAGUCUCUGAAGUCACAAAGCCGCAGCAGGACAGAAGCUCCGCUGAUCUCCGGAGUGGAGAGAGAAAUGAGCUUCACUUGCCAUCUACUGGUCUCCUGCUGCUCCUCCUGUCAUGGACCUUUCCUGCUGCUGCGCUCUGGUUGGUCCUGGUGGCUCCGGGCGUUCAGCAGCAGACCCCAAAUCAACAGCGACCUGCGAGAGAACUACCGGCUGCUGCAACUGCCCGAAGACGAGCCGAUCGGUGACGCCCGCGUCAAGGAAUCCUACCUGCGCCUGGCCAAGCUUUACCAUCCGGAUUCUGGCGCUUCCACCGCCGAUGCGGUCCUUUUCGCCCGGGUCGAGGAGGCCUACCGCUCAGUUCUGGCACACCGGAACGAGGCACGGCGUGCGGCGAAGGACGUAGACGAGGAGGAAGAGGACGAGUCCAAGCGUGUGGCUCCCCAGCAUAGGCAGUACCUCAGCUACGAGGGUGUGGGCUCGGGCACUCCUAGUCAACGCGAACGCCAAUACCGGCAGUUCCGCGUAGAUCGAGCUUCCGAACAGGUCCUUGACUACCGGCAGAGGGAACACGAGAGGGCGGCAGCUGCGGAAGGGGCGCUGGUGAAGCGGGACAUGCGUCAGCGCAGCAGGAAGAUAAAGAUCACCCAGGCAGUGGAGCGCCUGGUGGAGGACCUGAUCCAGGAGUCCAUGGCGCGAGGGGACUUCCACAACCUGAGUGGCGUCGGAAAGCCUCUCAAUAAGUUUGAGCACAACCCCUAUGCUGACCCUAUGACACACAACCUCAAUCGCAUCCUCAUCGAUAACGGCUACCAGCCACCCUGGGUGGUCACGCAGCGAGACAUCCGCGAGGCCGCCGCUCGCAUCCGUAGCACUUUAUUGGAGGGGAGGGCCCGGCUGGGGGAACCCAUGAACCCGACGGAGCGCGGCAGGUGGGAGGAGCUGCGUGCCCGCGCCGAGGAGGACCUGGUUAAGCUCAAUAAGAUGGUGGACGACUACAACCUGAUCGCACCCAUGCUCCAGAUGCAGAUGGUGCACUUCAGCUUGGCGCGGGAGGCGGAGCGCGCCGAGAAGGCUGCCCGACAGCGCCGACUAGAGCAGCAGGCGGAGCUGGAGAGAAAGAGGGAGGAGGAGAGGAGAGACAACGCCGCUGGCGCAAAGUCUAGAGACUCAAAAUCAGGCUUGAUGUCUUGGAUGCAAAGCUGGCUCAGAUGAAAGACACGGAACAACACGUUCCUUUAUUUCCUGUUCAUGGAUGAGCUGGAGCUUAUCUCAGCUGACUUGGGUGCUAAUUUUGUUGACUAAAUAUUUUUGCCUUUGUUACCGUCAAUGACCUAUUUUCCCUGCUAACUAAAAUAGGACAAUAACGAAUCAAAACAAAUACAUGUUGACUAAAACAAUGAUGAAAUUAACUGACAAUUCAGUCAAAAAUGUGACAAAAAUGUUCACGGAGAGGAAAUCCAAUCAAAUUUCGUAUUUAGUGGGUGGGACAAGUUUGGAAUAUAUCCAAUCACAGUAGCAUUUGUGAGAAAAGGGUGGGGAAUAAAUCAUGGAAGGAUCCAAUCAGAACUACUGCCUCUUUAAAGGCAUACUGUUUUGUUUUUUCACCUGGGAAAACAAGACUGUCUUGUUACACACCUCAAUACAAUAUGUCUUGCAGACGCACUUCACCUUUGCAACAGUAGACAACAAGACACGUUUUAAAACCCUGUGAUUCCAUUUUCCUCGGUAAAAAUACAACCAACUGGAAGCGCCGUCUGCAGGCUAAUCAUCAGGACAUCUACGCAACACUAGUAGUAGUAGUAAGUACUUAUCAAAUGACUCACACUGUACUGAAUUACUGUUACUAUUAAAGAAUGGGAGGAAAACCGCUUACUCUACCACUACUUUUGUAGUAGACCAUGGUCGAGCUUGUUUGCUAUUUAAUAAUCAAGAUACAGUGCACUAUAAUCCAUGUCCUCGGCACACUGUUAAGAUGUUAAUUGCACAACUUGACCACCCAAAAGAGCAGUUAGUUCAGGAGAAAAACACAGAAGCUAUUUAAUCCCUACAAGCCUGUUUUGCAGGCUUGUAAGGGAUAAAAUAGCCUUUUUAUAUUCCACUCUACCCAGGUAUUGUCAAGACUAGGACUGUGACUUGGAUUGUUUUUCCGAUGCAAGGGAAAAUUGGCAGGAGCGAGACGUGAAUGUAAGUACAUGUUUAUUUCUACUAACAAACUUCAAACAAAGGAAGCAAAACAAAAGGCGCGCAUGAGGGCGGAGAACAAACUUGACUAGAAAACAAAACUAGCACUAUGGCUUGACUAUAGACACAACAAACAAAACUCAACAACUGUGACAUAACAAAAUCCAAAACGUACGUGGCAUGAGCAGGAGGGCGUUGAGGGAUAAAGUCGCCAGACUGACUUCCUGUCAACUUCCGGUUUAAAUAAUAGCUAUGAUGAGUGCAAACUGGUGUGGGGCAUGAGGACAAGGUGAAAACUAAUGAGUUGCUAUGGUUAUAAGACAAACAAGGAAGUGCAGGAACAAGAAUUGAAUGUCCAAAAAACAAAACCAAACAUGACCAAAACAAAACAUGAUCCCAAAGGCGUGACAGGUAUUGAGCACUCUAUAACGGAUAAACCACAGAAACCUUGACUAUGUGUAUAUAUAUAUAUAUAUAUACCUUUUCGAUUUAUUACUCUGUUUUUAAUAUAUUUAAAUGUGACAGUGGCCAAGACGCCAAUUGUGUACACUCAGUGUAAUUAUACACAAUAUCGAAUACAACUAGUUUGUUUCUUCAUGUGACCAUUUUAACCAUAUAUUUGUCAACAUUUGAAAAAAAAGCUGAAUUCCAGCUAAAAUGUCAGGAUAAUGUGAAAUAUACGUGGCGUGCAGGUCUUGUUGUGAAUUUAGUUUUUGAGAUACUCUGCAGUAACACUAAUAAAAGUGCUUUCAAGACAA